CAAGCUGCGCCCAGAAAUGAACGCAAUGACAUGAACGAACGGCAGGAACUAUCCAAGUCAAACACAAAACCUGCUACAGUGAGCAAUACAAGAUGGUUUUAGAAAGUAUUUCAAGGAUAAUAAAAGUCCAGCUUCCAGCCUACCUCAAGAGGCUUCCGCUUCCGGAGACGAUCGGCGGAUUUGCAAGGUUAACAGUGUCUGAGUGGCUCCGGUUGCUGCCCCUCCUGGGUAUCCUGGCUUUGCUGGGUUAUCUGACCAUUCGCCCAUUCCUGCCCAAGAAGAAGAAGCAGAGAGACAGCCUGAUCAACCUGAAGAUCCAGAAGGAGAACCCAAAAGUGGUCAACGAGAUAGACAUCGAGGACCUGAACAGCGCAAAUGUGUGUUACUGUCGCUGCUGGCGCUCCAAAACUUUUCCCGUUUGUGACAAGUCACACUUAAAGCACAACGAGCUAACUGGAGACAACGUGGGACCGCUCAUACUCAAAAAGAAGAUACUGUAAUCGACCACUGAUGGGCGUUUUCCUUUCACCUCUCCAGCCUCUAGUUUUCAUUUGUUAACAGUUUGUAGUUUCUCUGUUCCUUUUUUUUUUGUACAAGAAUCUUGGUGUCAUGUUAAUAUUGGCCAGAGUCUUUGUUUGAAGUGGUCACAACAAAGUCUGAUUGUUUGUUUGAAAACUGUAUUUUAGGUUGUGUAGUUGAGCAGGUUUUGCUUGUUGCGUUUUUUAUGGCCCAUUAUUCAAUGCUCAUGUUUGUUGGUUAACGGGAAAGCCUUUUUAUAUGACUGUAAAUUCAAAUUGAGUCAUGUCUCAGUCGUUUUCAAAUCAGUUACAGUUCAUCAUUGGGACCACUUUGGGGAAAACUUGAAACAUAACUGCAGUGACUUUAUGAUGACUUUCAGUAAUCUGAACCCAUCAGGGAAAAAGUUUUUUCCCUCUUUAAUUACUCUUUACUAGUCCAACCUAAUAAACACUUUGUACAGUAUGUCUUCAUCUUGGACAGUUCUUUGAUAUGAUUGAACAGUCAGCCUUUGUUUGCCUUCUGUCUCCUGUUUCAGAUUGUCUGUGUGCCAAAUGUGACCAUAUCCAGACUUUCAGGAUGUGAAAUAUUCUCUUUUAAGUUAUUGUGUGUAUGGGAGGCUGCUACUACUUCUUCUUCAGAUGUGUUGUGUUCAUAGCCGUUAAACAUUUGGGUUUUACACUUUGUAUCCAACUCUGUUGCCUACAAACAUUUCAGACCGCUGCACCGUUGAGUCAUACCCAGUCAUGUACACUUUAACCUCGCUGCAUAGCGUUUUUGUUCUGUACCGUUUUUCUGGCCUCUGUAGUGUCAUAAUGGCUUCAUGUAGUUGACUUCCUGCUGGAGUAUCUUCUUUUUAAUUCAUCUGCAACAUUUAAUACAUAAAUGGCCUUUUUCAUCAGA